UUUGUGGAGAGGGUUUUGUAUCUUAAUGGAUCAAUUCCUGUUAUAUUAAAGUUCAAUAAAAUACAAGAAGUUGGCCAAAAUAAAUAGUUUUUCUGUUUGAUCUUAAGGGUUGAUGUCCUAAGUCCAUGCAGGACUUUAUGAGCAUUAAAAUUAAGGAAGACAUCUGUUCAUUUAUGAUGUGGUUUUUAUGCACGUAUUAAAUCUCUACAUAUUUCUUAUCAGUGAAGCUUAUUAAAAGCGGGACAUAAAUCAGAGUCUAAAUUCAUUUUUUUAAGGUUUGGCUAAACAGGAGUAAGUGAACCCCAGGUUGUUCAAACAGCAGAGAUUACUACGGAGGGGUUUGUUACUCAUUAGACACAGUACCUGUAUAAGAGAAGCAGCACCACAGUCACAUCCUCCACAUUGUGUUGAGCUUCACACAGCUGUCAAAGCCUCCAGCCCACCUUGGUGAAGGAGAAUCCCAAAGAAAACAUGGACUUCAACGGAACAUGGCAGGUCUACGCUCAGGAGAACAUCGAGGAGUUUCUGAAGGCCCUGGAACUUCCCCCAGAGGUCAUCAAGAUGGCCAAAGACAUCAAGCCGAUUACUGAGAUCAAGCAGAGCGGCAAUGACUUUACCGUCACCUCAAAGACUCCUGGAAAGACCGUGACCAACUCCUUCACCAUCGGCAAGGAGGCUGACAUCACCACCAUGGACGGCAAAAAGAUCAAGUGUGUUGUUAAAAUGGAAGGGGGCAGGCUGGUCUGCAACACUGGCAAGUCUACCCACAUCCAGGAGCUCAAGGGAGGAGAGAUGAUUGAGACUAUGACCAUAGGCUCAACAACUCUGAUCAGGAGGAGCAAGAAGAUGUAACCUUGACAGUGAAGAAACCAAUGUCUAUUUAAAUAAAAGUGUUGCUUAAAAAGUG